CGACGCUGACCGCAAUCUCUCUCCACUAUUAUUCUUUAUUUCGUCAUCGAAUGCCUCGCUCUUCCUUUCUCACCGUCGAUCGCUCGCUCGCUCGCGCACCAUGUCACUUCAAAUCCUCUGAUUUAGGUCAUUCUGAUUCAUCUCGCUCACUCAUGGCUUCUGCGGCUGACGCCAAAGGGGAAGAAACGCAAGUCUUGGACAUCGACUCGCCUGAGUAUGGGGAAAUGCCGAUCUUGUACGGGGAGACCGAAGCCCUAGAUGGCUCCGAUGGUGAUGACGACCGAGGGAUUGACGAACGGGGAACGACGCAACUGGUGGACGUCUAUGAGGAAACUGCAGAGGUUUACGACAGCGGGGAAGGUACGGAUGGAACUGAGGUGCUUAGUGGUGAUGAGGAAGGGUUCUCCGACGAGGGUGCUGUUGCUCAUUGUCGAGAUGGAAAGAAUGGUGCUGAUGUUGAGUCGCUAACACCGGCGAUUGGAGGAGACACUUUGUGCUUGGAUGAUAAAAAGGCAGAUGCUUUUGUCGAUUCUGAUGCUACGACUGAUGAUGACGGUGAUGAUGAUAGUGAUCAGGGUGAAGAUGCAGGACCUGCAAGGAGGAGCUUUGCUGCAGUUCGUGUGGCAGCAGUGCGUUCAUCCGGUCUUGCUGCAGCUCAAUGCUUUGCUUCUAGGAUGUCUGGGGAUGUAUCAAGAUCUUUUCUCUAUCCCAAAAAUUGUGAAAUGGGAGAUAACUCUGUAGAUGGACAUAGAGACUUUGCAGGAAUUAUUGUUAAUGAAUUGUCUACUAGCAGAAAGUAUCCCAGUUCUCUCAGCACCGAGGUUGGUAAAUCUAACCUGGAUUAUAAAGUUGUGAGCUUCCAGAAGUCUACGACUUACCUUAAAGAAGGAACUAAGAGCAGAUGCUUUAACAUGAGGGUCAAAAGACUUUUUAAUGAGCUACCUUCUGAAAUGGAUGAAAAUGCUGAUGUGGUUUGUAACAUUUCCAAAGUGAACACACCACAUUUGCUUACAAGUGAUAAUGGUGCUGCAGGAUUAAGCUAUGUUGUUUCCCAGGAACCUAGUGAUUUGUCUCAGGCAAAUGCAUUGGACAUUGUAGAUCAGUUUCUUUUAAUCAAUGAUGUGGGUUCAUCUCAAGAAAAUAAAAAUGUGGGAACUGAUACUUUAAAGUCACCUCAUGUUUCUGGUGCAAAGAUAGUACAACUUGUGGCUGAAAGAACAAAUUGCACAAGUCCAGUUGGGAAGCCAGAAGUAUUUGAUUGGAAUGACAGCCUUGAAGAUGAAGGCGGUGGUGAAAUUUUUACUAAAAGAAAGGAUUCCUUCUUUGAUGGAAAAUGGGGUGGUCUGAAAAGUCAUAGCCACUUUCAAAAAUCUAGGCAAGACAUCUCACAUAAAAUAAGAGAUGAAAUUGGUAAGCAUGGAAGGAAUGUUGCAAACAUUGAAAACACUGAAAGAGGGAAUGCUUCAGCUCAUUCAGAUUCAAGGUUUGUAAGAUCAAAUGUUGUAGGUAGUGGACAAAUUCAUAUAUCUGAAAUAAACAUAAAAAAGAAUUUGUUCAAGGAUAAAAAUGAAGAAGCAAACUUAGUUCCUUUACAGAAUCAAUUGGAUGCUUCUGACACAAAAGGUGGAUCGGAAGGUUCAACUGAGGUUGGUCCUGAUACUCAAAUGGCAGCAGAGGCCAUGGAAGCUCUAUUCCAUGGAUCACCAUUUAAUGAAGAAAAUGGGAUUGUGCAUUCUGCAGUGAGGAAUCCAACUCAGGAUGUCAGCAAAAAUCUAAUGAUAAAGAGGUUUUCAAUUCCUCUGCAAAAGAGGACUUCUAUUGAUUGUUCUGAUGGCAUUAUUACACGCUCUAAAAAGAGAAAGAUGCUUUCUACAAAAUCAAGGGAAAAAAGCCCUAAGUUACUUAAAGUUGGUUCUACUAGCUCGAAAACGAAAAAUAAUUUGGCGGGCAGAACUGUUGCAAGCAGGGACAAAGAGAGGCUAGUUAGUCAACCAGAUGAUGUUGGCUUAGUUAGUGGCCAUGAUUCUUUUAAUUCCUCUAAGAAAAAUCCACAAGAAAUUGUGGUAAAUGAGAAACUAAGGCAAGAGAAUCAUAUUUUGGUGGACAAUCAUUUUGCUUAUCAGACUAGGAGUUCUAAAAGAUUUGAACAAAAAAGGACUUCACUUGAUGGUUCAAAUCAAUCUACUACAUUUACUGAUGCACUAAUUUCUAAGGAUGUAAAAGGUGGGAAUGCUCUUUUUGCCAAUGAAGUUUUGGGCUCAGAUCUAUCCUGCAAAGUAAACAAGCAUCCAGCAACUCAAACUAAGCCAUUAAAUUGUACUCUGCACAGGGAAGAAUUGCAUACUUCAUUUCCAAUAGAUGGCUCUCACUAUCCAAAACGAAGAACAGAUCAUGUAACUUCAGGCAACUUGAACUGCACCUUGAAUAAAACAUCAUCUGAGGCAACUGACGAGUCCAGCAAACAAGGAAUGAAGAAGAAAAUAUUUGUAAGAAGCAUAGCAGAUAUCCUAGAUAAGGCUAAACGGAAAAGGCGUUCCAAUUUUACUUGCACUAGAUUCCAUUUUGAUAGAGAGCCUUGGAGUACUACAGUGCUACAGAUGAUUUAUGGUACUGAAACAAGAUCAUCACUUAAAUCUCCAGUUCAACCAGUUUCAGAUGGUGACAAAUCAACCAGGAACAAUUUACUUCAAAUGUCAAGCAAUGCCAAUGUUCAGGACAAGAUUUUUGAUGCUGAAAAAUCAAAACUGCCCACAAUAAGUGCCAAACAUGAUGAAGAUGCCACACAUGGUACAUUUUAUGAGUCACCAGCUGCAAAAGUGCAACCACAAAAAAAUUUGGUAUGUAGAACAACUAAAGAUACAAAUGUUGACUCACCUAUUUGCACAGCUAAUGAUCCUACUAGAUUGUGCAUCAAAACCGUAUCAUCAUCUAUAGCUACUAGAGAACUUCGAAGAUUAGAAGCUUUUACUAAGGAUUCACUUACCUUGCUGAAAGAUACACAGAGACGAAAAAAUAUGACUGGUGUUCGCGUUUUAUUUAGUCAUCAUUUGGUUGAACAGACUAUAAAACAGCAGAGGAAGAUAUUAGCAUGUCUUGGACUUCCGAUUGCUUCUUCAAUUUCAGAAGCAACUCACUUUGUCUCAGACAAGUUUGUUCGUACACAGAAUAUGUUAGAAGCUAUUGCGACAGGUAAACCUGUAGUAACACCUAUGUGGCUUGAAAGCUGCAGACAAGCGAAUUGCUAUAUCGAUGAAAAAAACUAUAUACUGAAGGAUACAAAGAAGGAGAGAGAGAUAGGGUUCAACAUGUGUGUGUCUAUUGCUCGUGCAUGUCAAAGUCCUCUUUUGCAGGGAAAAAGGGUGUUCAUAACAUCAAAUGUCAAACCAAAUAGAGAACUAAUUGCAAGCUUAGUUAAGGCAUGCAAUGGCCAGGUUAUUCAUCCUUUAUUUUCUACAUAUCCAAGGCAAUCAAGAGAUUUGGGAGAUCAGCAAAGAACCAAGGAAAGGUACCAGGCGACCUUUUGGUUAUCUCGUGCGAAGAAGAUUACUCUGUCUGUAUCUCUCUCCUUGAAAAAGGUGUUGGCAUUUUCAGCUCAGAGCUUCUGCUCAAUGGUAUAGUCAUCCAGAAGCUAGAAUACGAGAGGCAUCAGCUCUUUCUAGAUCAUGUGAAACAAACCCGUUCAACAAUGUGGCUGAGACACAAAGGCUGAUCAGUUUUUUCCUGUUACCAAAACUGCAUAGUGCUUCAACUGGUUCUCACGAAUGUGUACUUUCACAAGGUAACCGCACUAGAUUGUAAGUUUGUCUACCUUCGGAUGUGAAGUGUGAAGAAUGUCUGUCUUCAUCUCAGUGGUUGUAUCAUGGCCGAGCUGUGUUAUUAUUGUUACCCUUUGUUUAUCACUUUACAAACUGUUUCUUGUUACUCUUGUAACUAAACUGCAAGAUCAUGAAGAUUUAGGAUGUACGAAUGGUUUGGUUGACUAAUUACAAUAGAUAAUUAAAAUAUUAAUUUCAAAGUAA